AUGAAGCGCUCUCCCGAUGUACGUUUGCGCAACGUGAACAAAAACACGCCGAAAAAUAAUGGCAAGAAGAAGGUAUAUCGUCAAGAUAGUGCGCGAUGGUGUGGGGACAUAAGUCAAGUCACUGAAGACACCGAUGAUGAUUUAGAAGCGGGAUACAUAUCCAGUGACGAGUCUGCGCAUGGAGCUGAUUUAGCUGAACGUUUAAGGGUCAAGCCAUCGCCCGAUAUUUGGGAGCUAGAUGAGAUCGAAUUUAACUUGAGACAUUUGCCGCUAGCCGAAGAAAUAUCAACAUGUAUAGAGAACGGGCAUUAUGACGCAGUACUAGAAAUUGCCUCACAAAGUGAUAAUGGACUCUUCACUGCUGCACUAUGGGCGUGCUGGCUCGGGAGAAGUUUAUUACUGUCUAAAAUAAUAAAAUUGGGACUAGAUCCCAAUAAGGCAGACGAAGUGGGCAGAACAUGUUUACAUUUAAGUUGUUUAGUUGGCAGUGCAGAUUGUGCUAAGCUUUUACUGGAACAUAAAGCCGACCCAAAUAUGUGGGAUUCCACUUCAAGUGAGAGAAAAGCCACACCUUUGCACUGUGCGGCGAGCGCAAAAAGUUUAGCAUGUGUUAAGGUGCUGAUUUCUGCAGGAGCUGACGUAAAUGCUGGUCUAUCCGAGCGCUCUCCUCUGCAUUACGCGGUACUCAGUCAUGCACCGGAAGUUGUGAAAGAGUUAUUAGAAUCAGGCGCUUGUCCUGAUACGCAACAGGUUUUCACGGAAACACCUCUACAUGUUGCGGCAUCUUUGGGCUCAGCCUCAUGUACGAAACUAUUGCUGGAUGCGGGUGCUGACGUUCGAGCAGCAAUGGGUGUUGGCCGAACAACAGCAUUACAUCUUGCAGCAGAAGAUGGUCAUGCUGAGUGCGCACGACUACUACUUGAACACGGAGCACAAAUUGACACAACCAAUUCUAGAGAACAAACACCUCUACAUCUUGCUACUUUGGCACAAUCACUAGAGGUGGUUGAACUUCUUGUGAACAAACGGGCGAAUGUACGGGCCCGCGAUGCAGAUGGGCGAACACCUUUACAUGGGGCUAUAGUAAGAGGAGCGAGAGCUUGCGAUGUGGCGAGAGUAUUACUUGCAGCCGGAGCCGAUCCAAACGCGCCGGACAACUUUGGAUACACAUCUUUACAUAUAGCUGCGCUAAACGAAUUCUCUGCCUGUGUAUUGUUGUUGCUGGAUUACGGUGGAGAUGUAACAUUACGAACAAACGGAGGAGCGUCAGCAUUGUCGUUCAUUGUACGUCGUGUUCCAGAAGUAGUUCCACGGUAUCUGUGCAAAUUUGACGACGCAGUUCACGUUAGCGAACACGAAUUAGGUGAUGUGGAUUGCGAACUCACCAUAGAUUUCAGACCUUUAGUACCUUGUCUGGCAAGAGGUGAAGCAGAACUUUUAUUAGCAUUUAUCGAGGUUGGCCGUAAAGACGUGUUGAAGCAUCCAGUAGCAGAAACAUUUUUGUUUUUGAAAUGGAGAAGAAUACGAAAGUUUUUCGUUCUCAGUUUCAUUUACCACGCUUUGUUUAUCACACUAUACAGUCUAUAUAUACUAAGAAUAUUCUUAUGUGAGUCGGAAACGUGCACCGUGCCUGCAUAUCUUCAACCAGUACAGAUUCUUAUAAUUUUAUUAAACCUAUGUUUUAUGAUCAAAGAAAUGUUUCAAGCGUAUCUUGAUUGGUCUGCUUACAUUAGGCAAUGGGAAAACUGGUUACAGUGGCUUAUUAUUUUGGGUGUAUUUCUAUGUACGAUACCAAUAAGUUGGAAUAACGGCCUUAUUAGAACAAAUACGGUUAAUUGGCAACACGAUAUCGCGGCCAUUACAAUAUUCUUUUGUUGGUUCGAGUUAAUGUUAAUUAUUGGACGAUUUCCAACGUUUGGCCUAUACGUGGAAAUGUUUACUACUGUGACUGUGAACUUCGCAACCUUUCUGCUGGCCUACAGUUGUCUCCUUAUUGCUUUUGGGUUGGCAUUCAGCGUGUUGUUCAGCAACUAUGCCGCUUUCCGAUUACCAGCUAGCUUAGUAAAAACGGUCAUAAUGAUGUCUGGAGAACUUGAAUACGAGGAUAUCUUCUACAACAACUGCACUAACUCUGAAAUUCACUAUCCAGUGACCGCCCAUGCCAUGUUUCUGAUAUUUGUGUUAUUAGUCACGGUCAUUUUGACCAAUCUUCUAGUAGGUUUAGCUGUUAGUGAUAUUCAGGCUUUACAAGAAAGUGCGGGUUUGGACCGCUUAGUGCGCCAGACAAAGCUAGUUGCCCACCUAGAGAGCAUGUUGUUUAGUUCGUUGCUCACGUGUGCGCCCAAGCAAAUACUAGCUGUACUGAGAUGGGGGGCUUUAUUGACUGUCUCACACAUGCGCACUCUCACUAUACGGCCUAACGAUCCCAGAGAGACUAGGAUACCAAAAGACUUGAUAUCAUCAAUCUACAAGAUGAAGAUGGAAAAUCGUAAGGAACCAAGGAGAAGUAUACGGAAAAAUCAAUAUGAGUUUAAAAUAAAAAAGAACAGAGGAGAAGACGAAAGACUAAAACAAGAUGUUGUAAAAAGGAGAAGUAAUUUGUUUGACAGGUUUUCCAUAGAAAGCCAACGAAGAAAGCGGACGACUUCGGGCUCAAAUGUUGACAAGGCACGGCCUACAUCGUUAACUAUUAAUGCGAUACAAGAAAUAUGUAUGGUUGACAUAAAGACCCAGCUGAUGGAAUUGACAAAGAAAAUAAACAAGUUAAUCGAUACUACAGAAUCCAGAUUGAAUGGGAUCGAAAAUAAACUUAAUCAACCACCAGAGUCAUGA